AUGCCAAGGUCCAAGAUCCUCGCCGGCGCAGUACAUCUCGGCCGGCGAGCCGUACGCCGCAGGUGCUCGAUUGGCUCGACCCUGUUCAUCGCCUUCUUCUGCACCCCGCUCUUCCUGUACGUGCUACUAGGCAGCUUUCUCGCGGGAGAUCCUCGUCUGGUGCCGCAUGCAAUCCGCAAUGCGCGCAAUAUCUUGCUGGUUACCGCGCAUCCGGACGACGAGUGUUUGUUUUUCAGCCCGAGCAUUCUGCAGAGCUGGGGGACGCCGAAUGUGAACCGCCAUAUACUUGUUUUGUCCAGUGGAAACCAUGAAGGCCUGGGAGACCAGCGACGCGCUGAAGCCAAGGCUUCGUGCGCCGAACUAGGCAUUGUCGACGACAAGUGCGUCAUCCUAGAGAACAAAAACCUGCAAGACAACCCGCACGAAUGGUGGGACGAGAAGCUCAUCGAGCGCAUUGUCGAGCGCCAUGUCAAGGACUGGCACAUUGACCUGAUCAUCACUUUUGAUGAGUAUGGUAUCUCCGGGCAUGUCAACCACCGGUCUGUCAGCAACGGGGUGCGCAAGUUCUCCGCUGAUCAUGACCAUAAUCCUCCCGCGUAUGCGGUGCAGACCAAAUUCGUGCUGAGAAAGUACGCGUCGCUGGCCGACCUGGUUUUGACCUCGUUCCCCUUUGCUGGUCGGAUUCUGCGCGCCAUCUUCACUGCCGCACCGGAUGGGUAUGCGACGCCGGUGCCGGUGCCGGGCAAGGCUGUGUUGCCUCCGCUGGGCGGCGAUGUCUAUGGCGACAGGGCUCUGAUUGUGACUAGUUGGGGCCAGUAUUUGCAAGGCCGGACAGCCUUUAAGCAGCACGCUUCUCAGUACUCGUGGGACCGAGUGCUGUAUCUGGUGCUUAGUCGGUAUAUGUGGUUUAAUGAUCUGAGAAGGAUGUGA